AUGGGGCGGCGGCGGCGGGGGGCGCUGCCGGAGCCGGCGGGCGGCUGCUCCUGCUGCCUGGCGGCGGCGCUGCCGCUUCUGCUGCUGCUGCUGCCCGCCGGGUGCCCGGUGCGGGCGCAGAACGACACGGAGCCCAUCGUCCUGGAGGGGAAAUGCCUGGUGGUCUGCGACUCCAGCCCCUCGGCCGACGGCGCCAUCACCUCCUCCCUGGGGAUCUCGGUGCGCUCGGGCAGCGCCAAGGUGGCCUUCUCGGCCACCCGCAGCACCAACCACGAGCCCUCCGAGAUGAGCAACCGCACCAUGACCAUCUACUUCGACCAGGUAUUAGUUAAUAUUGGCAACCAUUUUGAUCUUACUUCCAGUAUAUUUGUAGCACCAAGAAAAGGGAUAUAUAGUUUCAGUUUCCACGUGGUCAAGGUCUAUAACAGACAAACAAUCCAGGUAAGUUUAAUGCAAAACGGCUACCCAGUGAUUUCAGCUUUUGCAGGGGAUCAGGAUGUCACCAGAGAAGCAGCCAGCAAUGGCGUCUUACUCCUCAUGGAAAGAGAAGACAAAGUGCAUCUCAAACUGGAAAGGGGUAACCUCAUGGGAGGGUGGAAAUAUUCAACCUUUUCUGGCUUCUUAGUCUUUCCACUAUAA